CAUCGACAAAUCUUCAGGGCCUUAUAUCCCCUCAUAGAGUGGCAAAGGAUUGCUGCCAGUGUUUGUGUAAUGUAGAUUGGAGUGCCUGGUGCCAGUAAGAGGUUGCACCUGAGGACGUCCGGAUCUUGUGCCCUAGAUGUCCCUCCAAAGAGAAUUUCAAUUUUCCCGCGAUCCCAACCCCGUAGUUCACACGUGGUUUCCCCUAUUAUCAAAUUUUAAUAUUUAAAUUUUAGCAAAAAAAAAAAUAAAUAAAUAAAAAGUUUCCCCUUCAUGUGUAUGUGUGUGAAUGUUAUUCAAAUUUUAAUUUAAGGACCUCUCACCUUGAAUUUUUUCUUUUUUGGAUUUGGAAAAAUAUCCAGAACCCAAGAAUGAACGAGGGUGGAAGGUAUAAUCCUGGAUUCAUCCCAGACGAAGGCUUUCUUAAUGUGGAACUCGGAAAGUCGCCCAAGGACGAUGGAAAGAACAAAAAUACCUAUAAUCUUGAUUAUGGGAUUCACGAUAAGAAAAUUUCACUUUCCCUGCCGGAACAGAUGACAUCAAUAGAGGAACAAAAUGAAAGAGCAACAUGGGGAAAUGGAUUGGAAUUUUUGAUGUCCUGCAUAGCAAUGUCAAUUGGUCUCGGCAAUGUAUGGAGAUUUCCGUUCACAGCUUUCGAAAAUGGUGGGGGUGCCUUCCUGAUUCCUUACAUUAUUGUUCUGUUCCUCGUGGGAAAGCCAUUUUAUUAUUUGGAAAUGAUUAUGGGUCAAUUUACUAGUAGGUCAUCGGUUAAAAUGUGGUCAUGUGUGCCAGCAUUUCGAGGUGUUGGAUGGGCACAAAUGUUUUCGAUGAUUGCCGUUGGCACGUACUAUUGUUCACUGAUGUCCGUUACUCUCUACUACCUCAUUAAUAGUUUUCAAUCGCAAUUGCCCUGGUCAAAAUGUUUACUCGAAUGGGGUGAUGUCUGCAUAAAUUCUGGAAAAACUGACGAAAACAUCACACAUCAUGGGAAAAAUAUGAGUAACAUGAUGAGUUCUGCCGAAUUGUAUUUUACAAAGACUGUACUAAAGGAAAAAUUAAACAUCGACGAUGGAGUUGGAUUACCCGAUUGGAAAUUAUCAAUCUGCUUAUUUAUCGCCUGGCUAUGUAUAUUUGGAGUUUUAGCUCGAGGUGUAAAAAGCUCAGGCAAAGCUGCCUACUUUUUGGCACUGUUUCCCUACGUAAUAAUGGUGGCACUACUUUUGAGGGCCGUCACAUUAGAUGGUGCAAUGAAUGGAAUUAUAUUCUUCAUCAAACCACAAUGGGACAAACUUUUCGAACCUCAAGUGUGGUAUGCUGCAGUAACACAAUGCUUCUUUUCACUCUCCGUAUGCUUUGGAGGAGUUGUCAUGUACUCUUCCUACAAUUCUUUUCGUCACAAUAUUUACAGAGAUGUUAUUGUCGUCACCAGUUUGGAUACAAUAACGAGUCUCAUGGCUGGAUUUACAAUUUUUGGUAUUCUCGGAAAUCUCGCUCAUGAACUUGGAACAGAUGACAUCACAAAAGUAGUUCGCGGUGGAACUGGUCUUGCAUUUAUAUCAUAUCCUGACGCUAUUGCUAAGUUUACUGUUCUACCACAGCUAUUUUCAGUGCUGUUCUUCCUUAUGCUUUUCGUAUUAGGAAUUGGCAGUGCCAUUGCAAUAGUUGGUGGAAUCGUAAGCGUAAUUAGCGACCAAUUUCCAUCUUGGAAAAAUUGGCACAUCGUUUUGGCAACAUCUCUAUUUGGAUUUUUGGUCGGAACCAUCUACUGUACUCCAGGAGGACAAUUUAUAUUGGGUUUGGUGGACUAUUACGGUGCCUCGUUUGUUGUGUUCGUACUUGCAACUUUGGAAAUGACGGGCAUUUUUUGGGUCUAUGGAUUGGAGAACAUUUUGGACGAUGUCGAAUUCAUGUUGAACAGAAGGCCAUCAAUUUACUGGAGACUCUGUUGGGGUUUAAUUACUCCUGUUUUAUUAGCCACUAUUUUAAUUUACAACAUCGCAACUCUCACUCCUCUUACGUACAGAGGCGUCUACUAUCCUUCCAGUGCUUACGCUGCAGGAUGGUCACUACUUGCCUUUGGUGUCUUGCAACUACCUCUUUGGCUCAUUUACACAAUUUUGACAAAACGAAAAUUAGGUCUGCCAAAGAUGAUUAAAAAGGCAUUUAGUCCAUCAAAGGAUUGGGGGCCAUUUAAAGCAUCGGACUUGGCUGAUUGGCGAGCAUUUAAAGAUGCCAAGAAACAAAAGAGAGAAAAAAGAAUAUCGUCAAAACUAAAGCAAUACUUUUACGUUCUUCUUGGAUUAGAAAAUAGAUUGUCAUAAAUAAUUCAUUCUUCCGAUAACUAAAUUUCUUAAUAUCCAAAAAAAAGGAGUCCAGAACAACAAAACAACAAUUUUGCGAUUCUUUUCGAAAUACUACUGAAUAUCCUAAUGAUAUAAAUACUGCGAGGUAAAGACAGCCUUCUAGAGACAAUUUAGAGUUAUUAAUUUAGCAUUUUAAGCAGACUUUAAUUACGAGAACAAAAAACUUAAGAAUCUCCUUGAAAUUUCUACGAAAUUUCAAAACAAAAAACGAAAAAACGAAUCAAAACAGUUUUGAUUACAAAAUUUUGUUUUUAACUUUAAAUUUGAAAGAAAUGCGAAAUUCACUCAACUGCCGUCCUAAUAUAUUUAUACAAAAUAGUUACCAGUGACAUAAUUUUAUAUAAAUAAGUAUAAAGGUUUAAGAAUCUAAAUUUUUGAACCUUUGUUAAGCAAGAUAUUGAGAAUUAAAGAAAAUGGGUCUGAGUCCUUUAAUAAUUCUUUUUAAUCUAUUUUACUUGAAUUCAAAGAAUAUUA